CCGCCCACCGCGCUGCUCCCCCUGCGGUCUGCUGCUAGGGCGGCAGCGCCCGGCUCUGCGCACCAUGGCCGGGCUGCUGGCGCUGCUUAGCCCCGCGGGCCGGGUGGGCGCCCGGGUUCGUUGCCGCGCCACCUGGCUCCUGGGCGCCGCCGCCCCUUGUGUCCCGCCGCCGGUGUUCCUGCCGCUGCUCGGGCCCGGGCCGGACGCCCAGCUGCUGCGCGCCGCCCGCGGGAACUACCAGGGCCGUCAGGACCCCAGCAAAAUCACUGUGACCACAGGCAGCAAUAUCAAGGGCACAGAGGAGGAAAAGCUAAGCAAGUCGCAGCAGCUGAAAAAGAUUUUUCAAGAAUAUGGUGCCGUGGCAGUGUCACUGCACAUUGGAAUCUCAUUAAUCUCCUUGGGAAUGUUUUACAUGGUUAUUUCAAGUGGUGUGGACAUGUCAGCCGUCCUACUUAAACUCGGCUUUAAAGAGUCACUGGUCCAGUCGAAAAUGGCGGCCGGCACAAGCACCUUUGUGGUGGCCUACGCCAUCCACAAGCUGUUCGCGCCCGUGAGGAUCAGUAUUACCUUAGUUUCUGUGCCCUUGAUUGUCAGAUACUUUCGGAAAGUGGGAAUUUUUAAACCUCCAGCGGCAAAGCCUUGAUGAACUCUUCAACUGUGGGCCUGAAAACCUAUUUCUUGUAAAUGACACAUGCUAGAUUGGUUUUAGGAUGUAGGUUUUGUGGUGGGUGGGUAGCAAGGGCUAAUUGUUGCAUUCUCACAAAUAGGAUUUACUUUUGCCAGCAAAAAUUCAGGGUUUCAAAUCAUUGUAGUUUUUCUGCUUUAAAGUUUGGGUAAUGCUAUUCAUCACAGGGCUUGUCUGCAUACUCUAAAAAUGUCAGCAGAACACCACCAAUGAGUUGUCAUGUCAGACAAAACCGUCAGCCAGGAAAUGUUCCUUCCAGAAGACCAUUGGUGAGGGUCUGCCUGCAAGAGCCUCAGGGGUUCGUCUUUGCUCAAAUUCUUGAAGGGUGGUGAUUCAUUAAGCUGAUUUUUAAAAUUCCCCUUCCUCCCAUACAUGUCAGGCUGCUGCUGCUGCUGCUGCUAAGUCACUUCAGUCGUGUCCAACUCUUAGUGACCCCAUGGACUGCAGCCUACCAGGCUCCUCCAUCCAUGGGAUUUUCCAGGCAAGAGUACUGGAGUGGGGUGCCGUUGCCUUCUCCAACUUGUCAGGCUGCCUGCAGUUUAAUAUGCAGUAUUGUGCAAAACAGAGUCCAGUGCUACAAUUAAUGAAGCAGAAUUGAGGACUUCCCAAUAUGUAAUCAGGAUCUAAAUUAGCAUCAACACUUUGACAUUCAUUACACUUGUUUGGGCAAAGAAAACAAACAAGUAUUUCUGGUAUGUUUCAUUGAUUCCCAAACAUCUUCAAAUCUGGACAUGUAGAGCCUGCCUCAGCUGGUUUUUCACAAAUUUCAUUAAAAUAGGUCAGAAUCAUUUGUCUCUUUAGGUAAAAAAUGGAAACUUUGUCCAAUAGUAAUGGCAUCAGUUGGCUCCACUGCAUGUAUAUGGAAAACUGAGACAAUCUUGGCCUAACUCACUCUGUCUCAGACUUCAGACAUUCCAGAAUCACUGUCACAAUGUUUACACUGAGUUGCUAUUUCUAUUUUUUAAUUGAGUUAAAAUUAUGUGUGUAAAAAAAAGAUUUUGUAUCACUCUCUAAAAAAGGAAAGUUACUAGCAGUUUCUGUAAAUAAGAGGCCACUACAAAAUAUAUAAUACAGUAAUAAUACAAGCCGGGGAGGGAUGGAGCCAGUUUACCAGAUAAAGGGGGUGUGACCUGAGACCCCACAUUCUCUGUUAGGGACAUUUAAGAAUAGAAAUCGAAGCACACACACUCAAAUUGAGACUUUCUCUGCGGAAUAGUCAGAAGCAGGCAACAGAGAAGGAAUGUCUUCCGGUAGGCUUCAGCGUCACUGACAGCCGCCCCGCCCCGGGCCGGGUUCCUGCAGGGCACCUGCUCCACACCCAGGAACCCCACUGUAACCCGUCUGCCCCUCUGCCAUGGAUGAGGGGUUGUGUUUAUCUUUCUGGCUCCCAGAUUUACUUUUUAUUUUAGUUUUUUGGUUUGAUUAACUACACUUGUGACAAUCAGAAAACUAAAGCAACUGUGAACUGAUCGUCCUGGUUUUACUGAGCUCGGACUAUUGACAUUUUCCUAGUUAGACCUUAGUGAUCCACAUCAAUCGGUUAUUUCAGUUAACUUUUAAAAGUAUCUUCGUGGGACAGAUUCUCCACUUGCAAGAUCUUUAAAGUGCAUUGGGUAUUUUCUCCCCUUUUAAAGCAGUUAGCCCAUUGCCAAAAAGUUUUAGCCAUUUAAAGUUGGAACUGUCUUUCUGGGGUCUAAUUCCAAGGACCAUGGACACAGCAGAACAAGAUGAAGGCACCAGGGCUAGGUAAUUCCUUGUGAGGCAGGACCAGCACUUCUGUGUUGCUGUCUCUAUGGCAACAGUUAGCUGUGGGCUCCUAACCACCUUCCACACCGGCUUCCCAACCCAUUCACAUCCUGAGUAAUGCCUAUGCAAAAAAGCCCACAGGGAUUCCUCCAAGUUUAAGGGCUUAAAUCUCAAACUUUGAUUCUGUUUGGAGAAAUGAGAGUGGACUGAAAGGGCAAGCAAUAAAUUAUCAUACCAAAUAGCCAUAGCGUUUGCUUCUAAGCCCCAACGCCACUCCACUCCUGUGGCCAGUGGUCAAAACAGAACAGAGUUAACUAGAGAGGAGAGAAAGUCAAAGGAUCAGGGAACUAGAGCAUUAUGUGAAUUCACCAGCAAGAUGUACAGAUUGCUUGUAUUUUGUUUUUAUGGAACUAGGGGAAUAGAACUGAUUAUCUAUUUUAGAAAUGUAAGCCAUUGUUCACCUCUAAUUUUUUAAUCUGACAAAAUGAGCAGCUUAAGUUCCAUGAAACGAAUAAACACCUUUGUAAAGUU